AUUUGAAAGGGUUUUUGUUUUCGGGUAGUGUGAUAAAGAUGGUACUGUAAUACUCUUGUGCAACGCGUUUUUUCGGUAUCGGCAAUGUAAAUCGCGUAUAACGUUAAAAUUGCAUUUAAUGCGACAUAUUGAGUGUUUAUAGUGCGAAUAAUUAUCAGGUAAUUUCCAUACACGCAAUAUGGGUGCGAAACAAUCAAGAAGAUCGGUGGAUAUAACAACGACGCCUAAAAAGGGCGAGAUCGAAAGUCCGAUUGAAGGUGAGGGAAAAGUAGAAAAAAUUUCAGACCUUGAAACCAAGAUUGCCACCAAUGGUUCGAUCCACAACGAAAUAGAAUACGCCGAUAAGGAAGAAACCGAAAAGGAAGAUGCCGAAGCGGCGAUAAAAGAAAACGGGGUCUCCGACUCUGAGGGUUCAAAAACGCCCGACGCCGACGUCUUCACAGGCAAUCAACUCAACGAGUCGAGUGACGUUGCGGAGAAAUCGGCCGACUCUCUGGAAAAAUCGGACGAAACGAACGAAAACAACAAGAAGAAUAAAGAAAAGUCGAAAAAGAAGAAAUGGUCGUUUAGAGCCCUUUCUUUCUCAAAGAAAGACAAAUCGAAACCGGGGAAGGACGAGAAGAACGGCGAUGUUAAGGAAGUGAACGAAGAGGGUGCUGAAGAAACUAUCACAACUCCAACAUCUCCCGAAGAAACCAAAGCAAAUGAGGUUGUGUCCCCUUCACUGCCCGAGUCUGAAGUCGAACCCCUUACAAAUGGUGAAGCGGACAUUGCUAAACCAACAACGGAAGUGACAAAAGAUAAUGAAAACGUCGAAUCAAAACCAGUGGAACAACCAACUAGUGUGGCGCCCAAAGUUUCAGAAACAAAACCGAUAGCAUCUCCUGUAUUAAAAGAAGAGGAAACCAAAGUUGAAGAGCUUAAAGCUGAAGGGGCGGUAGAAAGUAUUCAACCUAAACAGGAAGAAAGCACAGAUGUUAAAGCAGAUGAAACUGUGGUAGCCGAACCCAAAGAGGUGCGUAAUGAAGAAGUUCCUCCUCCGCUACCCUCCUCAAAUCCACCAUCCCCGGUGACGGUAUUUGCAGAAUCCACAAUGGCCGAUUCUCCUCCCACCGAUCAUGUUCCUAUCGCUCAAAGUACAAUCCCUGCCGUAGAAUCUGCUAUUGCGCCCAUUUCAUCCGUCGCACAUCCAGACGAUACUCCCGAAAUACUACCUGCCCCGUCCACUACUGCCGACAUGGAAAAUAUUUCAAGUAAAGGUGAUUGUCCUGAACCCGUAGAGGUCCCCACUUCAGAAUCUAUCAUAAGUACCCCACCUAUAGUAGAACAAUCUUUAUCAGAACCGCCACAAACGGACCCCAUUAUUGAAACACCACCCGCAUCGGUUCCCCACCCGAUUAUAAAACCACCUUCAGAAGCUGUUACAGAAUUACCCAAUGUACCCGUCCAGGAAGUAAUUGCAGAACCCGCACCCGCUCUCCUUUUAGACAGUUCGAUCCCCGAACAUGAAGUCGAACAGAGUUCGCCAAAUAAAGAACCCGAACCUCUACCUCUUCCCACUCCAAUAGAACAAGUAAUCAACACGGAUUCCUUACCCGAUAUAUCGACAGAAUCGUUACCGUCCUUACCCGAACCAUUAUCUGAAAGUCUUCCCGAGCCGAUGUCUCUACCUCCCGUAGAUUGUAUACCGGAACCGAUAGCGCCCCAGGCUAAUUCGCUUACAGAACCCGAACCUAUUCCGAAUAUUCCCAUCGAACAAGACUCUAUCGCAGAUAUACCCCUUCCUAAUUCGGAAGCGAUUCUCACUAAUGGAGAUGCACACGGUCCACCUUCGCCUGUCGUCGAUGAUACAUCACUAACUGCGAUACACGAAGGGCCAGUCAAACAGGUUAUUGCGACUUCCGAGGUGUCAGAAGUGACGGACGAAAAGAGGCAUGAUACAAACGAAGUGGAAGUGUCAUCUGUACCUACCACAGUAGAAGAAUAAAUUAUGUGUCUAGAGCUUUUUUUAAAAAUACAAAUACGAACAUUUUUAAUGUGUUAAAAAUUUAAGGAUCAUUCCUGGCAGUGGCCGUUUUGACCAAAAGCAACCAUUGACACUGCCAUAUCAAUUUCAGCUGCGCUUUAUUGACGGCAAAAAAUUGAAUAGUUGAGAAAUUUUUUAAUACUCUUAUAUUGAAUAUUGUAUGAAAACCAUCUUAUGUGAAGUUUGGACAAUUUUUAUACAUGUCGAUACGACUUUUUUAAAAGUAUACAUUUGUAAAAUAUUAAAUUUAGUGUAUUUAGUAGUGUGUUAGGGGAGCUUCACAAAGUAAUCUCAUGUAAUCGUUACAAUUUGUUCUCAGGUUGUUGGAUUUGAAAAGAAAUUCUUUUGCAGGUACUCUUGAAAAGUUUUAUUUAUUUCUGGCCUUCUAGCGUAGAUAUGUAAGUUGUGUUUGUCAAGGUACGUCACAUCUCUACAUUUUGUGUUUGUACUUUGUAAUAUACAUACAUUUCAAAUCUUACUUGUGAUUAUUGUAUAGAUUCUUUAACAUUAAUUGUGUUACGCAGUGGCUGUCGGAUAAAAUUAAUUUUGUAGAAGUAUAAUAGAAGUGUUCGAGUGUAUUUUAUAAUACAGGCAGCUAACACAGUUUCAUUUGUUAUUUGCCUCGUCAAAUAACAAAUGAAAGUCAUGUUAAAUAAUUUGUAGAUUUCCAAAUUGCAGAUUUGUACAUUAUUACAACGAAAUUUUUGGGCUUCGGUAUUCCUUCAUUUUUAAAUGUUAGUAUAGUUCUUAAUUAUAAAAAAAAUUAUUUAGUUCACUCCUGUAAGAAAAUCAUGCUAUUGCCCUUUUGAUUUGUCGCUAUUCGCAUUCUGCGAUUUAUCAAGAUGGCUGUGCAUGUUGGAUAAUUAUCCUCAUGUAAUUGUGAAUGUGUCUAUAUAAAUAUAUAUUCGGGAUAUUUCUUAAA